AUGUCUGAAUCUGCGGUGGUUGAAUAUCUCAAGCCGCGACCCGCGGAAGCCGUGACGCAAAUGCGCAACUCCUUGGCCGCGCUCUUCGCCCUAGUGGUUCUCACCUCGCUACUACCUCUACCUGAUCUGCCUCGGGCUCUAUUCAAGUACUUCUCUGCAAGAUAUAACUCGAGCUUUGAACGCGCCGCAGUAUGGACUGAACUUUGCGCAACAUGUGUUCUACUUGUGAGCUCGGCACAAGCAGCUUGGGGAGUAAUCUCUCCUCGAAAACCUGCUCAGAAGCCUGCUGCGACGCCAUCAAAACCACUGCUACCUCCCUCCACCGGAACAACGCCCAACUGGCGCCGUACGCCACAUGCGCUUUCCCCCAAUACUACCCCGCAACGACAGCGCUCUUUCGCAACUCCCACGACAUCUGACCCGCGUGGCCUUGCAUCAUCGUACUCCCUCAACUUCGUGCCACCGUCCCCGGGCGACUCCUCCAUCGACACAUCGGUGUCCUUCACGCCAUCCCCAUCCCCACUGUCGGCUUACAGGGGACGACGCUCGCUCGCUUCGUUGACCCGUGCUCUUGACGAGUCAGUGCUGGCACGACUGGUCAAUGAGGCUUCGGAUGAUGAGGAGUGA